AUGGCCGCGGCCACGGCGUGCGGCUCCCCGCCUCCCCGCCCGCCCCGCGAGCAGCCGCCGCCGCGCAAGCGGGGCGACUCCCGGCGGAGGCAGGCCGCCCUCUUCUUCCUCAACAACAUCUCCCUGGACGGGCGGCCGCCCUGCCCGCCCGCCGAGAAGCCGCCGCUGCCCGCCGGCCCGGGCGACGGGGAAGAGGCGGCGGCGCCGCCCCCGGCGCCGCCCGCCCUGCCGGGGAUGCUGGCGGCCCCCAAGCCGGGCGCCCCGGGGCUGCUGAGCCCCACGCAGAGCGCGGCGGGCGGCGGCUUCGCGCUGGAGGCGCAGCGGCAGAGAAGGCGUUUUAUCUCCCAGCGCUGCUCUCUAGACUUUUUAGAAGACAUAGUGGAAUAUGCCAGUGUACGAAGAACCAAGCAUAUAUCUGGGUCUCCAAGACACAAAAGUUUGAAGAAGAUGCACUUCAUCAAGAACAUGAGGCAGUAUGACACCAAGAACAGCAGGAUUGUGUUAAUCUGUGCUAAACGAACACUGUGCGUGGCGUUUUCUAUCCUACCUUACGGGGAGGGGUUACGGAUCAGUGAUCUGAAAAUGGAAGGACAGAAACAGCGACAUCCUUCUGGGGGAGUUUCAGUUUCUACUGAGAUGGUGCUUGGACUGGAAGGAGUAGAGCUGGGUGCUGAUGGCAAGGUUGUGUCCUAUGCAAAAUUCUUGUACCCGACCAAUGCUCUGGUUGUUCGCAAAGCUGACGCCUACGGUGCUGUUCCCCCGUGUCGAGCCAGUGCUCCCCGGAGUCUUCCUGGAUCAAGAUACAAACCUGUGACAGCAAAAACGAUACCAGCAGGGACAGACAUUGGAAGCGAAGCUGGAGAAGCUGCAGAGUAUGAUCCAGAUCUUCUGGAUGAUCCUCAGUGGCCCUGUGGAAAACAUAAACGUGUUCUCAUCUUUGCCUCUUACAUGACUACAGUCAUAGAGUAUGUGAAACCCUCAGACCUUAAAAAGGAUAUGAAUGAAACCUUUAGAGAGAAGUUUCCUCAUAUCAAGUUGACACUGAGCAAAAUUAGGAGUUUAAAGAGAGAGAUGAGAAACCUGAGUGAGGAAUGCAGUCUGGAGCCGGUGACUGUCUCCAUGGCUUAUGUUUACUUUGAGAAGCUUGUCCUCCAAGGCAAACUCAACAAACAGAACCGCAAACUGUGUGCUGGUGCUUGUGUUCUGCUCGCAGCCAAGAUCAGCAGUGACCUCAGGAAACAUGAAGUUAAACACCUAAUAGAUAAACUAGAAGAGAGAUUCAGAUUCAACAGAAGGGAUCUCAUCGGUUUCGAAUUCACUGUCCUCGUAGCUUUGGAACUGGCUCUGUAUCUCCCUGAGAACCAAGUUUUACCUCAUUACAGACGGCUCACACAACAGUCUUAACCAAAGCUCCGUCCCAGGCGGCAUGCAGCCGUGCUGGGAGCCCAUCCCGGGAUGCUGCUGGUGGAGGUGCCACUGGCUCCAGCUCGUUGGGAAGGCUGCAGGGUGUUGGGAACUGUCAAGGUCUGUGGACACAGAUGCCAGAUCUGGGGGAUGGUACGAGAAGAGUUACUGAACUUUUAUUUUCUUUUGGACAUUUAAAGCACAAAUAUUCACCAGUCAGCUGUCAUGGCUGCUUAUUAAUCUUUAUUUAUCUUCCUGGUUUUAUGAAAACUGUUCUUCCCUAUGAAGAAUACUAUGGUAUUGGUUCUUUUUCUUUUGUUUUGUUUUAAGCCUUUAUUGUAUUCCUUGAAACUGAAGGAACAUCACUUCCAUUCCAGUGCACCAUAAAGUUCAGAUGUUUCUAAGAACCUUCUCACAUUUUUACAUUAAUGAAAUGCAUACUUUAUUUUUUUAAAGAUGUGCCUAAAUCUGGCUGGUCUGGUACCAGUGCUUUUUAAGUUAGUUCUGUUAUUUAGUGGGGAAUCCUGAAUUUGUAUAGCCAUUUAUUCUUUACCUGCAUUGGCCUUGCAAACAAGGAAAACAAUUCCAGUAUAUCUGCACUAAUAAUACACAGGGCAUCUAUUCUAUGAUCUGUAAGUAGCGAGACUGAAAUUACUCCAUUUCAAUUUAUUUACUAUAAAUACCUUAAAAAUAUACAUUUCACUUUAGAAGGAAAAGUGGUUUGAAAACCUGUCAUGAAGUACCACACAUUGAGUGAGGUAGCUGGGAAGUGAUUGCUGUCCUAAUUCACUUGAGUGGAAGAUGAGCACUUGACUAAGAGCAGUUUGCUGUCAAAUGUAUCAUUUAGAGGCUUUAUUUGUUUCACUGUUCAGUAGCCUGAAAUAAGCACCUUUUUUAGGAUGACUGUAUUAUAGAUGGUCUUAUCUGAGCAAAUAUGAAGCCAGUGGAGUUACUGCUGCCAGCCGAAGCCAAUGAAACAAAGCAUGCUCGGUAUUUAAAAUGCUACUUUUUUUACUCUCUGUUCUUCCAAGCGUUGCAUCACUGUGAUGGUCCUCAUAAAACUGGCAUUUCUUGCACAUCUGAGCAGCCACUACUGGCUGGUGCCCAGCAGCUCUCUAGUGCAUACACAGAGCUCAAAUAACUUCUCUGCCCCUUGGCUAUUCCUUCCUUUAUUUUUACAGUAUCCAGGUUGGGAAUGAAUUCUUGAUUAUACCUGGAACCUUCUGUGGUAUUGGCUCUUGGGUUUAUUUUCUGAAGCAAUAUUAUGAUACAAGUUUGCAAGGAACAAAACUGAUACUUGGUUAUUAUAACUGAGAAAGUAAUUUAAGUUUGACUCAUAAACUACCAGACCUCAUGCUGAGGUCAGGGACUUGCUAUCCAAUAUGUAAAGUAAUGUAAAUUCCUGUUCCUUGUAUUAAAUAUUGGUCGUAGCCAAAACCAAAGCUGAACCUUUGCUCUUCAGCUGUGUUUUGUCUGAAGCUAAUUUGGCUUCAUUAGAAUUGCAGCAAACUUUACUGGAGCCACUUCCUCUCUGAGUGGGGCUCAAAGUGUAUUUUUCAUAUAUAAUAAUUACAGUGACUAUCAAACCUUUUGUAACUGUGUUCAGCUGUAUGUAGCUUCAAAUUAUUUGUGGAAAAUUUAAUAUGCUCGUGAUUUCUCUAACACAGAAGGACUUUCCAGUGUCCAGAAGUGAGAUGGUAGCUAAUAGCUUAGACAAUAAGCUUGCCAGUUAUCUUCCAAAAGGUUUAAAAAAUUGUGUACUAGUUAAACUUUCUACUGAAUAUAACUGUCCUUGCAUGCAGAAAUAGUGAUGUACUAAACAUCUAGUGUGUAAUGAGCCUCCAAAUUAGCAAACAGUGGUGCAGACAUCUGAGGUGGUCCACCACUUCCCAAGGCAUUGUGGAGGGGACAGAGGUACAACAGAGCAAAGAAAUUUCUCACAGAACAGCUUGAUCAGUAUGAAUGAAAUCUGAAUGUGUCUUUCUCUGGGAACUCCUUUAUUUAGUGUAUAAAGAGUUUUCUGUAACAAAAUUAACUUUCCCACCAUCUAAGGGAACAAAACACACUUUGGUUUGCAACACUUUGCAGUCUCUAUUCAGUGGAAGUUUGUCUAGUUCAAGUGGCCAUUUGGGCUGUAAUUACACUCCCAGAAUCUGUGGGUUUACGUCAUAAAACCGGCAAGCUUUUAUUUUCUUCCAGGAGAACAAAUUGGGAUAAAGGAGCAUUAAAUUACAGAAAGCUGGAUGUUGUCUAAUAGUUACUCUAGAACUUGGCUUGGGCACACGCUGGAGUUGGGGAGCACGGGCCAAGGAUGAUGCAGGGCAGCGAGGGCCGUGCCAGCCUCGUCUGGCAGAGCUUGGGCUCGGGGUGAUGCUGCCCAGAGCCUGGGGUUUGUGCACGGGGUGCCUCGUGUGUCUGUGCAGGAACAGCCCUUCUGCAGGGAUCCACCCCCACCUCCGUGUGCUUUGCCCGCUGCUUUUCCCGUUUCCAGAGCGCAGCUCGCAGUCCUGUGUGGGAAUCUCUCUCUUUUCACCUAAAAGCUGCCACCAUGUGGCAAAGGACUAUCAGUACCUUGUCUGUUCACAAACUCAGCUCGGGACCCAAAGCCUGACCCAGACCUGCUGGUUUACGUUUGCACAGCCAAACUCCUCUUGCUCUGAAGAGAAACAGGUUUACACCGAGGAGGGGUCUGGUGCUUUGUGAAGGUGCUGCUGGGGUGGUUCAGCACGGAGAACUCUCUUGAGAAGAGCCUGUACACUUUCCUGUAAACAAAAACCCUUCUAGUUUUGUCAUAUUCCAUUAUUUAAAAGUCUGAGUUGUAGCCUGUUUUGGGUUUUGUUUGUUUGGUUGGUUGUUUUUAUUCUUCUGUGAAAUUAAGAUGCUGUGAAAUAAAACCUGUUUUAGUACGCGGUUUGUAACCGAGUGUCUCAUUUUGGAAUAACAGAAUGGAUGGUGUUGGAAGGGCGCUCUGGAGAUUAUCCUGUCUGACCCUGCUGCUAAGGCAGGUCACCUGGAGCAGGUGACACAGGAAGGUGUCCGGCUGGGUUUGAAAUGUCUCCACAGAUGGAGACUCCUCCAUGUCCCUGGGCAGCUGUUCCAGUGCUCUGCCACCUUUAAUGGAAAAUUAUUCCUCAAGUUCAGGUGGGGUUUUUGUGUUUUAGUUUAUGGCCAUCUCCCCUUAUCCAGUUGCUGGGCACCACUAAAAAAGAGUCUGGCAACAUUUUUUGCCACCCCUUAGAGAUACUUGUAUGGAUUGAGAUCUCUCAGGUCUUCUCCAGAAUAAACAGGCCCACUCCUCCAGUCUCUCCUCCUGAGAUGCUCCAGCCCCCUCAUCACGGCCGGGGCCUCCCCCGGCCCCCUCCAGCAGCUCGGAAUGGUCUUUGGGGUGUCUGCGAGGGUUCCGGGCUGCUCUGCUCAUGGAACCACACAGGCGUUCAGGAUGGAA